UUUAACUAUUCAGGGUUAGCUUUUUCCUUUUCUUUUGCUCAAAACUCUGCGUUUUCACCAUCUGCUCUGCUCUCUGAAAUUUAGAAGAAGUCAACGUUCAAGAAACUUGAAAAAUCCCCCAAGAAAAUCUCUCCUCUCUCUCAACAAUGGCGGUGAAUUGGCUGCUAAUAUGUCACGGAUUAGUCACUUUAACAGUCGUAAUCUCCUUCCUCUGUGGUCAAUGGCCAAUCUUCCAAGGCACCCCAAUUGAACGCCUUCAUCACUUCAUCACUUUCGGCGCUUACGAUUACUUCCUGAGGUUUGUUGGGUUUGUGUUUGGUGAUAAAGCGAGGAGUUUGGUGCUCUCUAUUGAACGCUGUUGCUGUGAUCGGCCUAAUCCUGUUUUGCAGGUUAUAUACUUGGCAAUAAUUGGAGCAACUUAUUAUUAUAUUGUUAAGUCAUCCUUUCGCUAUAUUCCUGGAUAUUACUUAGGUGAAGUUCACAAAUACACAAGCUUGCUGGCAGUUGGUAUUGGAAUUGUACUCUUUUUAUUGACUAGCUUUUCUGAUCCUGGAACUGUCAAGGCUGGGAAUGUUUCAGAAUAUCUCUUGGCAUAUCCCUAUGACAAUAUCAUAUAUACAGAGAAAGAAUGUUCUACUUGUAAAAUCCCAAAACCAGCUAGGUCCAAGCACUGCAGCAUAUGUAAUCGGUGUGUUGCCCGGUUUGACCAUCAUUGUGGUUGGAUGAAUAAUUGUAUAGGGGAGAGAAAUACCCGAUACUUCUUGGCUUUUCUUUUAUGGCAUUGCCUUCUAUGUAUAUAUGGAGCAAUUGCACUUGCAUUGAUUAUUGCUGGACGAUUGAAAGAAUUAAGAGUUGUAUAUAUUCUAACAGUUUAUUAUGGCGUUGGAAAUUCAUUCCGUAGUUUAGCUCCACAUGUUGCACAGUGGCUGUUGAGCUCAUACAACACUCAAUUACUUCUGAUGGUGUUUCUUGUCAUAGUUUCUCUAUUGUUGGCUGGAUUUUUUGGGUACCAUGCCAACCUAUGUCUCACAAACACUACAACAAAUGAGACCUUCAAGUGGGAAGACUACAUAAGCUGGCAAAGGAAGCUAAAUGAAGCAAGGGUUAGCGCUGCAGCACUUAAAGCAAGCAUCAGUGGGAUGAGCAGUGAAGCAAAGCGUCCAGAGAGCAAAUGUAAAUCCUUUUUCCGGAGAUCGCCCCUCGAAGAUUCUCAGGUGGUAGCCAAGGAAAACAAGUAUGACAAGGGGUUCUUUCACAACAUGUUUGAGGUCCUUUUCCCGCUAUCAACGAGACCAUCAUUUUCACAAACGAAAUCAAAGCCUUCCUGAGACAUCUCCAAUCAGGCGUUAACUCAGCUGUAUUGUUUCUGCCACUCGCACAUGGUUGGCCAUGGCCUCAAAGGGGAUCAAGCGCUGUGGGAAUGUCUGGAUCACUGCAUCACACUGUUCAUUGCUAUUGACCAAAGGAUUUGUAGGAGUGCCCCUUUGCGCAGUUGCAUCUGGUGACUUGUAAUGGACAGAUUGGUGUAACUAUUGAUCUACAUCUCAUUUAGUAAGAACAGCAUUAGAAAAUUUUACUUGAAAAUGAAGAGGGCAUAGUUUCUUGCAUCCAGCA